UGUUUGUAUGUUGGAUAAAAAAUUCCAUUAGAUCGUAUUAGAUCGAAGUUAAACAUCUUAGCGUCACGAGAUAUUGACGGCGAAAAUAAUUUCUCAAUAUUGUCUUAUAUGUCGAACAGCUCAGGGUUCAAAAGCUGAAGAGUUCAAGCUGUAAUCAGGAGUUGUGACAUCAUCGUGCGAUAUCUGUACCCUGAGUAUAAAACCUCCGUCAACUUUAACACUUGUCAGUUUUAAGAAGAUUCUCAAGUGUGACCGUAGGAUUAAAUAUUAAGCGCCACAUUUUAAUUUCUAUUUCUAGUACGUUUCCACGUUACUCUUAAAAAAGUUACAUGAUGCAGUACGCUUUGAAGAUGGCAAGGUGCUCCAAACUUUUAAAUAAGCACAACAUUGUAGCUCAACAUAGUUUACAACUGAGUAGUUCGAACAAUAGACAGAAUAUGAAUAAAUUACUUCCGCAAAAAGAAGAAUUUCAAGCGAGGCAUAUCGGACCCAGGGAACAUGAACAGAUAGAAAUGUUAAAACUAAUUGGAUUUAAGAGUCUCGAUGAAUUAACAGAAACGGCAGUACCAGCUAAAAUUCUUCACAAGGGAGAUUUAAAUCUCGACGAGCCAGUCACCGAGUACGACCUAAUAAAACGAAUAACAAAAAUUUCGGAAAAGAACGACGUAUGGCGCUCUUACAUAGGUAUGGGGUACCACAAUUGCUGCGUACCACAUACGAUUAUGCGUAACAUUUUUGAAAAUCCCGGAUGGACGACGCAAUACACCCCUUAUCAGCCUGAGAUUUCGCAAGGGCGACUCGAAGGCUUGUUGAAUUACCAAACCAUGAUAUGUGAUUUCACGGGAAUGGAAGUGGCGAACGCUUCUUUGCUGGACGAAGGGACAGCAGCCGCGGAGGCUCUGGCGCUCGCAUAUAGACAUAAUAAGAGGAAAAAAUUAUUCCUCUCCGACCAAGUACAUCCUCAGACUAUCAGUGUUAUAGCGACACGCGCAGCUUCCUUGGGUUUAACGCUGGAGAUCGGAGAUGUGUUCAAAGUGGACACUAGCGGGAACGAUAUUGCCGGUAUUCUCAUACAGUAUCCCGACACAACUGGCUGCAUCCAUGAUUUCGAGGACGUUGUUAAAAGGGUGCACGCUAAUGGGACUCUCGUCUGCGCUGCCACCGACCUACUCGCAUUAGCUGUGCUUCAACCGCCGAGCGAUUUCGGCAUCGACAUAUGCGUAGGUACGAGCCAGCGUUUCGGAGUGCCUCUCGGAUAUGGCGGACCUCACGCCGGGUUCUUUGCGUGCCGACAGAAGCUGGUGCGAUUGAUGCCCGGCAGAAUGAUAGGUGUCACGAGAGAUUCCAGCGGACAGGACGCCUAUCGGUUAGCCCUUCAGACACGCGAGCAACACAUUAGAAGGGACAAAGCCACCAGCAAUAUUUGCACCGCACAAGCGUUGCUGGCUAACAUGUCUGCGAUGUACACGGUGUAUCACGGACCCCAGGGAAUACGGAAUAUCGCAAGCAGAGUGCACAAUUUAACGCUGGCUCUGGCGAAGGGCCUGGAGGUGACUGGAAACGCGAUAAAUAAUAUAUACUUUUUCGAUACUAUCACAGUGUCGCCAAAGAUUUCUGUGCAGAUGAUAAAGGAAAAUGCAAACAAAGCUAAAAUAAACUUAAGAUAUUUUAACGAUGAUACGAUUGGAAUAUCUCUCGACGAGACGACGACGAUAGAGGACGUGAAUGACCUUUUCAAGAUAUUUUCGGUGAAUGUCACGGUCGAAGAAGUUGUUAAAGAUGAGAGCUACCUAGCAAGAAGUUUGGACAAGUCAGAUUUUCAUCGUACUAUUCCGUACUUACAGCAUCCCGUUUUUAAUAGCUAUCACUCGGAGACGAGAAUAGUUAGGUACAUGAAGUCUUUGGAGAACAAGGAUGUAUCUCUCGUACAUAGCAUGAUUCCACUGGGUUCUUGUACGAUGAAAUUGAACUCGACGACGGAGAUGAUGCCUUGCAGCUUGAAAGGUUUCACAGAUAUACAUCCUUUCGUUCCGCUCGAGCAGGCCAAGGGCUACCAACAAUUGUUCGCUGAACUGGAACGAGAUCUAUGCGCAAUCACCGGUUACGAUGGAAUCAGUUUUCAACCGAAUAGCGGAGCGCAAGGCGAAUACGCGGGUCUGAGGGCCAUACAGUGCUAUCAUGAGUCGAAGGGUGACAAGCAUCGACAAGUCUGUUUGAUUCCGAUAUCCGCGCACGGCACGAAUCCCGCGUCUGCUCAAAUGGCGGGUAUGCAGGUAGAGCCGAUUCUCGUGCGAAAGGACGGAUCUGUCGAUACAGCUCACUUGAAGGAAAUGGUUGACAAACAUCAGAAGACGCUGUCAUGUCUGAUGAUCACGUAUCCGUCGACAAAUGGGGUGUUCGAGGAAACGAUCGGCGACAUAUGUAACAUGGUGCACAACGCUGGCGGGCAAGUAUAUUUGGACGGUGCCAAUAUGAAUGCUCAAGUUGGUUUGUGUCGACCUGGCGAUUACGGCAGUGACGUGUCGCAUCUCAAUCUGCACAAAACGUUCUGCAUUCCUCAUGGGGGUGGUGGACCUGGUAUGGGUCCCAUCGGAGUAAAGCGACAUCUUAUACCUUUCUUGCCGAAUCAUCCUGUGGUAAACUGUUUGGGUAACAACUAUGGCGACUUGAAGAAUCUUGGUGCCGUGUCGGCUGCGCCUUUUGGAUCGUCCUCUAUUCUACCGAUCUCGUGGGCUUACAUCAAAAUGAUGGGUCCAAAAGGCUUACGCAAGGCCACGCAAGUGGCCAUUCUCAACGCCAAUUACAUGAGCAAGAGAUUGGAGAAGUAUUACGAAACAUUAUACAAGGGUGGCACCGGGCUGAUCGCACACGAGUUCAUUCUGGAUGUAAGAGACUUUAAAAAAACUGCCAAUGUUGAGGCCGUUGAUAUCGCGAAGAGAUUGAUGGAUUAUGGUUUCCAUGCACCAACCAUGAGUUGGCCCGUAGCCGGUACUUUGAUGAUCGAACCAACUGAAUCCGAGGAUAAGACUGAGUUGGAUAGAUUUUGUGAUUCUUUAAUCUCUAUAAGAAAAGAGAUAGCGGAUAUUGAAGAAGGAAAAUUGGAUAUUGCACAGAAUCCUUUGAAAAUGGCACCUCACACACAAGAGCAAGUGAUAACGACCGAAUGGAAUCGACCAUAUUCGCGAGAGCUAGCAGCUUUCCCUGCUACAUUUGUGAAAGGAAGCAACAAGAUUUGGCCAAGUGUUGGAAGAAUAGACGAUAUUUAUGGUGAUAAGAAUCUAUUUUGUACAUGCCCGCCCAUUUUACCAGAACAAUAAUUGUACUAUUAUAAUUUAUACACCAUGUACAGUUAUUUAGUUGUGUAAUGCAAGACUAUUUAAAUAUUUAUUGUAACUUUUAUACAAAUAUAUUAUUUAUAUAAAA